AUGGCUGCAGGAGUCCUGUUGGAAAAUGAAUUACCCUACUGUUCUCUGGUAUCAAGCAGUGCAUAUCUUGCAACCAUGAGUUCAGGUAAGUGGGCUUUUCUGGGGGAGGAGUUACUUUUAGUAAAUUAAAAUGUGGGAUAAAACAAUGAAAAAAACCCAGGCUAUUCUUGCAAAUUGUGAUGUUGAAAACCAGAUAUCACCCAGCCCUAGUCCCACACCCACACAUAAUUUGGAUUUGUAUAUAAGGAGCAACAUUGGUCUUUCCCAUAGAUGUUCCUGUUUGUGUUUUCCCUGCUUUUAAAUUUGUUGAUUCUAAUCUGUUGAACCUGUGUUUUGUUUGUUUUUUUUUAAAAAAAAACCCUGCCCAAGAAUUGUGUAAAAGUACGCAGUCAAGCAAUUGUAAAUUGGUUUCUGCAGUUUUCUGGUUUUGUGCAAGUUUAGAGAUAUAGAUAUUACCCAAUGGAAGAGGUUCCCCCUGUUUCUCCUCCAAUACACUUCAUAGGAGGGACUAGGGUGGAAAAUCAGCAGCUGCCCCAGAAGCAGUGCUGGAAUAAUAGCAGAAUGCAACAGAGGGAGGAUAUUGACAAUGCAGGAUAACAAAUGACCAUUGUCAUGACUUGUAAUUCUGAUUCAUCAUUUUGGCAGAGUGCUUUUAAGGUCAGUGAAUUAAGAAAACAAAAGUUGCAGAAUAUGAUUAGGCCUUUUUUCUCAUGUCCGAAUCUCAUGUUCCUAAUUGUCCAAAAAAAAUAAAAAUUGAUCGGAGACCUGGGAUAAGAACUCUUUCCACCUUGCUACUACAGGGAGCUACUUUGGAUAGCACUGUGAUCACUAUUUGCUGUUGAUUCAGCAAUAUCAUGCCAGGUUCUGGGCACCACUAAAUAUUACAAUUAAAUGUUUUACUUUUUUUUUUAAUGAGAGAGAGAGAUUGUUUCGAUUCUUUGGAGAAGUCUGUACCUUUUGGGCUUCUUCAUUUCUUGUUUCCCCUGAUUUCUGUUCCUUCAAAGAGGAUGGGCAGGGGGAGAAAUGACAUAAGUACGAGCUCCUGAGGAUUGGGCACCAGUAUGACUGCUCCAGGUUAUGCAUGACUUCCUACACAUGGCUGUGCUGAGAGGGCCAUUUGGGUUGGGAAAUGUAUAAACUGGGGUGUAGGCAAAAAGGAAGUUGAAAGCUAUGUGAACCAGUUGGCACAGCUACAAGAUUUCCAGUAACUCCAUUUGUGAAGUAGUCCAACACCUUUUAAAGUGAAUUAAAAGACUUGUCCUGUUUUGCCAUUAAAUUAUAGUUAAGAACCUCAGUUGGACUGAAAGAAUAUGAGUGACUUCUAGUGGUUUCUGGUGGAAAUUUAAGGUAUAUUCACAGAAAUUCUCUGGUGGUGCAAUGUGCUGUGACAGGCAUGUACUUAAGAGUGCAGUCUGUUGUGUAUCUGUUUAUGCAUUGGGAAUUCGUGGUGUAGAAAUUCCUACUGGAGACUAAGUAAGCAAAUGUAUAAAUCCAUUUUUGGAUUGCUGACAUAUUCUUUGAUGAUAAGUGCUCCCAGAUACUGGCAGGACAGCUUUGGAUUGCUUUGUUGUUCAUACUAUGAGGAAUUAUUUUACCCCUCACCUGUUUCCUUCACCCUUCAAGUAGUAUCUAUACAUUCUUUUACAGAUCUCAUAAAAUAGCAGGAUAAUUUAUUUUUUUAAGAGUAGUGUUGCUUUUUAUUCCUGCUGAUAAAAUACUUUACAGAUCUUAGUGUUUCUUUAGAAAGCUUUAUUUCUACACUAGCAUUAAAAUUCAAAGGCAUGAUAGUUAUUUUGCUGGGGAAAUGAGUGUGUUAUAUAAUUUCUCUCCAAGAAAAGGUUAAUUCCCCUUUUCAUCCUUUUACAUAAGGCUCUCCACGCACUUCUGCUUUUCAUCUUCCAAUCCGGCAUGGGAUGUUCGUUGACACCUUAGUCGUGAUUUCUUGAAUUGUAUUAAUUUCUGAGGGUUUUUUUUUUAAAAGAAGAAGCCUCUUCUUGUCCAGGCUGUUGAGGUCUGUACUUCAAAUUCCAGAAACCUUUCCUGUUCAUCGUAAACUAUUUGGGAGUCCUGCUCCAGUUUGGAAUGAUCUGCUUCAAGUGAUUCUAAUCCUCAUCGGCAGUGGAACAGUUUGUCCCACACAGAAUCAAUGUAUAUAGAAUUCAGCUGCCAAAAGGGUAGCUGCCACUAGUGAGUUCAUUGUUGGUUUCUAUGGAGACAGAGCAGCCUAUCCUGAACAGCUAUUAGAUCAUACAGAAAGAUGCAUGUCUCUGUGCAAGUUCAGUACUGAGCAAGUCAGACUUCUCAUUCAGUUUGACUUCCUACAGCAUUUCUAAACUGCUCCAAGUAGUGGGUGACCAUGCAAGGCUCACCCAGAAGACGCUUGACAGUGAAUAUUUUUAGCAACUUUUUUCAGGGCCGGAGACAUUCCUCCUCUGAUCCUCUUCUCCGCAUACUCCAAAGGCGACGGAGCUCUGUUGUAGAGGUCCUCUCGACUUCUACGCAUAGAGUUAUGGUGGCCAUUUCCUCUGUAAGCCCCGAGGAACUAAAUGCUGCUUUCCAUGAGAAAAAAAGUAAAGUAUUGGCAAUUUCCUUUAUAUAAACUGGACUUGGGUUUUAUGGCAAUGUGUCUAAUCUUGUUCUCAUAACUAAUCAUAGAUUAAGUUCUUGACUCUUUACUUAUCAUUUUAUACCAUCAUAAAAGCUUAAUGUUAUUUUUCAUGGAAUUUUAGUUGAGAAAAAAGCAUUUGCUGCUUCUAGAUAAUGACUAACAAUUACUUUAUUCAGGAGCUGCUACAUACAAAGACCCUUGAGAGGGAAACGUUAAGACAGAAGCCAGUUUUCAGUAAAUGUUCUAAUGAUCCUGAUUGCUUUGCCUGCUUUGAAACAUAUACUGCAUACAUUUGUUUUUAUAUGAUUCACAAAAGUUGUAUGAUGAAAGAUUUUACUUGGUCUUGCCUUUUGUGUUGCAGGAAGGUCCAGGCGUCCGACUGCAAAAUACACAAAAGUUGGAGAACGCCUUCGCCAUGUCAUUCCUGGUCAUAUGCAGUGUUCUAUGGCAUGCGGUGGUCGUGCUUGCAAAUAUGAAAAUCCAACUCGGUGGAGUGACCAAGAACAGGCUGUGAAAGGGCUUUACUCUUCCUGGUAAUGUGAAGCAAUUAGCUUCUACUAGAGUUCUUAAAAUGUUGCUUUUAAAUGUCAAAGGUUACCCAGAGUUACUUGUGAGCAAGUCCCAUUGAAUUCUAUUGAACUUCUGGGUAAACAAGUUUAGAAUCAGGCUCCACAGUCAGCGAAAGAGAACUAGUUUUAUAUAGAUUUAGAUACUUUAUGUUUUAGAUGUGCAGACCAGCUUAAAUACAGUGCCAGUAAUCAUAUUUUGAAUGAACUACAUAUGUGGAACAGGUAAGGUUCCUUUUGAAUUCUGUGUCUUUGACUUAUGCUCAAAAUGUGUAUGUUAAAAUUCUAUUGGUAGCAUUGGCUUUUGCUUUUUGUAGCAUGGUUUUAAUUUUAGAAUUUUUUUACCACAAACCAUAUUUUAAUUUAAAUGAAAUUUUAGAAUUGAAUAGUAAGAUUUAGAUGUAAUGAUAGCAUUCCCAAGCACUAGAGUGCUAUUUUAUAAAGCUGUUAAAAGAACAUUUUAAAGAAAUGUAUAGUUAUUUUGUGCAUGGAUAUAGAAAUAGAAAUCUGAAUAUUCUGUGCUAUCUACAUUCUUAUCACAGUAUCUUGCACCAUAAUGUAAUUUUGUUACAUAACGUUUUUCAGCUAGAGAUAAUAGACAUUAAAUGGUUUAAACGCACAUAGUUAUCUAAGGUGGCAUGGUUUGUUAUUAGAAAAUUACAGCUGAACACCAGCUAGGAAGUAUUUUAACCCAUAACUGCUCACUUCUUCUCUCCCUGCUCCUUUCCAGGAUAACAGAUAACAUUUUAGCCAUGUCUCGACCAUCAACAGAACUUAUUGAAAAAUAUAAUAUUAUCGAGCAGUUUCAAAGGUAAAAGAAACAGACUGGUAAUGAAUUAUUGCAGCUCUUACAGCUGUAAAGCUGACCUAUUAUUUCUUUUCUGCGUUGGUUUGGAACUGUUCAUAACAAUUCUGAAGUAAGAAGGAACGUUGGUGGGGAUAUUGAUUGUGGAAAAGCAUGCACAGCUCAAUAAUGUGCCUUCCUUUUCUUUGCCUAAGAUGUGGCAUAAAAACAGUAAUUAACCUUCAGCGUCCUGGAGAACACGCUAGCUGCGGGAAUCCACUGGAACAAGAGAGUGGUUUCACCUACCUUCCUGAAGCUUUCAUGGAGGCGGGAAGUAAGUUUGCUCCUGCUGUUGUUCCUUGUUAAUUAUAAAGUGUGGUGCUUACAGGCUGUUUCUGCCACCUACUUCUUGGUGGCAGCUAGCUGAGAAAUGUUUGCCAAAGAAAAUAACUUGCACCUAAUGAGAAAGUUGAAGAAAUACACAGCUCCACUAUGGAGCAUUAUAGAUACUAAAUCUCAUAAACAGCCAUAAAAUAAGCAGCUGAGAAUGGAUAGCUGUGUUUAGUAUCUGCAGCUGUGCAUUUCGCACAUUGGCAAAGCAAUAGAUUUGCAUGUGGAUUUUAUUGCCUCCGCUGCAAUCAAAAGACUUUCUCUUCCAACGAAAAGACACUGUUGCUCAUUUCGGUAAGAUUGACAGCUGCUAAGAAAGUGGGGAUUCUGUUACUUCCCAAAACAUUAUGUUACAUUGUGUGUGUGUGUGUGUGUGUGUGUGUGUGUGUGUGUGCGCACACACACACACACACACACACACAGCAAAAUCCUUACUUGUUACAGGUUUGAUAUGCCAUGUUUUGUGUGAAAUGCCUUGACUAAUUUGCAAUGUGGCAUUUGCAGUUCUCAUAAGACGAUAUACUAAAAUGGAGGAAGACAAAUACAGGCUAAAAAUUCUGAAAAGCUUUCUUAAAACAGAUCCGAAUAUUUUUGUUGCAAUAUGAAUACAAUGAGCUGUGUAUGGUCUUUUGAUAAUAAUGAUGUUCUAAACUGUUUUUUCUAGUUUAUUUUUAUAACUUUGGAUGGAAGGAUUAUGGUGUGGCUUCUCUCACUACUAUCCUCGAUAUGGUAAAAGUGAUGACUUUUGCCUUACAGGAAGGGAGAGUAGCUAUUCAUUGUCAUGCAGGACUUGGCAGAACAGGUAAAAAUGCUCAACUACAAAUUCACUGAGAAUGUAUUGUUAUAAAAUGCAAAAUAAUGAUAAUUUAGAUUCCUUGAUUCCUUUGUAGAUUCCUUGAUACAUUCAUAUAAUGAAGUCUAUUCUGAUAGAAAUGCUAGCACAACGCCCUCAUUGUUUCAAAGGCUGCAUGCAUGCAUUUUUCACAAUUUUCUUCUCAGAUGUGCCACACAACUCCCAAACUGGUCUUUGUGUUCAAAGGAUUUGGCAUGAGAGCUUUUGUAAAGGGGAAAUCGGAGGUGGGGAUAGCAUUUCUAGAGGCACUUGCUAUUUAAGAAGCUUUUGUGCCAUAUCCAUGAAGUGCCUUUUCAACACCAUCCCACUUUCCAUGCUCAUACUUAAAAAACCCUACGUAAUUCUUUUCCAAAGUAUCCCUCAAGCAUAAGUGUAUUCAUCUAGCCCUUUUUGUAAAAAACCCAAACUGUGGUAACAGGAACAAGGCCACUCCCUCCUUCCCCUUAUAGGCACCAAUGCCUUGCAAUUUUUGCAGAUCUUUUGCUUUAUUAUUGUUAAGAACUGCUUUCUCAUUCCUCUAAAUCAGGGGAAGCACUGCUAGAAAAGCUCAGUAUGUGCCUUCCCUGACCUCCAUUCAUCCACUAGUAAAGACCUAUUUGUUUCCAAAACAAUUUCCCAAUUUUUUCAUCUCCCGUUUUGGGUGAUGAUGUAAUCCUUAAGUCAGUUUGUUGCCGCCUGCUCAGUGUAGAUGUUUCAAGGUUGUUGGUAUCUAAUAAUUUUUUGUUCUGGAAGCUGUUCUAUGUUUCUAUAGCAAAUAAAUGUGCAGUUCUUUAUAUAAAUAAACAAGUAUGGUGCAGUAGGGGGAAAAUAAUCUGGAGGAGCUCCUACAAGGCUGAAUUGAUUUUCAUAACUGGCGGCAGCUUCGGCUAGCCUGCUCUAUUGGAAGGAACAUGAAUCUGCAUCUGUACGCUCUGUGCUAUUUUGAGAAUUACAUUUUUGUUUUCACCUAACAAAUUUAACAUUUCCUUCUUCUUUUUUGUCCUUUACUUACCUUCCAGGUGUUUUAAUAGCUUGUUACUUGGUUUUUGCCACACGAAUGACAGCAGACCAAGCAAUCCUUUUUGUCAGGGCGAAAAGGCCUAACUCUAUCCAAACCAGAGGACAGCUGUUGUGCGUACGGGAGUUUUCCCAGUUCUUGAUUCCUCUCAGGAAUGUUUUUGCAUCCUGUGAACCCAAAGCGCACGCCGUGACUCUUUCCCAGUACCUGAUCCGGCAGCGGCAUUUGCUCCACGGUUAUGAGAGCAGGAACCUCAAGUAUGUGCCAAAGCUUAUUCAUCUGGUUUGCAAAUUGCUGUUGGACUUGGCUGAAAACCGGCACGUGAUAGAGGAACUUGUGGACCUUCCAGACCUGUCCGCUGAGAUUGAAGAGACCGUUUCUCAGCUAGCUUCCACGCAGCUUGAUAAAGAGCUGACAAGGCAAGACAGUAGUGCUUCAGAGCCGUUUUCUCUCUCGGGAGCCAAUCCUCUUCAUCCCAAUGAACAUGAAUGUGAUCCUCUUUGGAAGAGGAGGAACGUUGAUUGCCUUCAGCCUCUGGGUCGAGCAAAAAGGCGCCUGAGCUACAGCGACUCAGAUUUGAGAAGAGCGGUCUUUGUCUGUGAGCAAGGAGAGACCCCCUGGUCGGUGCCUGUGCAAGUGCCACUCUGCAGCAAAACAAACCCACCAAACAAUUGCCAGACUCUCAAGGUUGAUUUAACCCAAGAACUCUUAAUCCGUAGUACAUUUACUUUCUCGUGUCAGGACAGGACGCCUUUAGAUGGAAAAGAAGCCAAUUCUCCAUUUUUCCAUAAAAGCAGGUAUCCCGGAGAAGUGCAGCGUAGCCAAACCUUUUCUUCGGGCCUUUCGAGUGAUCGGAAGGAAGAGGAGGCAGAGGAGGACGAAGAAGAGCUAAAAGCACUAAACUAUAAUUGUGGCAGAAAAGCUAAUAGCUAUGGCAAAAAAAUGUGGUCCUCUGAGGACUCGGACGCUUCGAAAGCAGAGCAUGAGAUCCGCAAUAUUCGGGAUCUCUGUGAAUCGAUCCCCCAUAUCGUCGUGCAGUCAGAACUAACUCUGGAGGCACGAAGAACGUUGGCAGCCAAGGCCCUGGCAGAUGUGAAUGAGUUUAUGGGAUCAGAAGAAAAAGAGCAAAAAGUGGAGAUGUGGCAGGUAUUUUCAUUUUGUAAAUGUUGCACACGUGUCUAGUUCAGGAGAGCACCUCCAGGAAGUGGGGGGGGGGGGGGAAACCCAUAACAUCUUUGCUUUCAGAGAGCAUAAAGUCAUACCAGUAAAGGCCAUUCUUCCUACUGAAGCUUAUGCUAUCAAAAAUAUAAAGCUAUAAAGAGAACAUACUCAGGGGUGCUUACUAUGCCCUACUUCAUGCCCUUCAGCGAUAAGACGCUGUAGCCACUAGCUUUGUUGUAUUUGCUUAAUCUAGGGACAAUCAGGUGUUCUUGUACACAUGCAAUUACCGUGCAAAGCUGGGCUCUAGAACCAGACUUAUGGCAUCUGUAAAAAGACUACUGCUCCUCUUUCAGUUGCGGCAAAGUGAGUACUUCAUCAGACGGCUGCACACUCCCCUUCAGUGCUCCUUCAUAAUACUUGAGCAGAUAUUUUGAGGAACAUGGGAGUCAGCUCUUUACCAAAACACAGCCUGAAACCAAAAUGGGCAUGCAAGUGCAAAAGGUUUUAAGCAGUGACAAACCCUUCGAUUUUUGUAUGAAUGUAAUGCAGUCUAAGGGCAAACCUCCUGCUUAUGAGUCAGCACAGGGUCCUAAACUCUCUGCUUACAUUAAAUCCUAAAACCAGAGCAAGGCAUUUGUAAGAAAGACUCCGUUUGAAGCAGCAGGUGCUUUAACACAUACCUCCCAGCCAUUCCCCUCUUGCAAUUGUCCUGGGCAGCGAGGUAGGGACUUGAAGGCCAGUCGUGGGCUCUUUGAAUGGGGUACCCAAGAAGGUAGGGACGCAGGUGGCGCUGUGGUCUAAACCACUGAGCCUAGGGCUUGCCAAUUGGAAGUUCGGCGGUUCGAAUCCCCGCAACAGGGUGAGCUCCUGUUGCUCGGUCCCAGCACCUGCCAAUCUAGCAGAAAGCACAUCAAAGUGCAAGUAGAUAAAUAGGUACCACUCCGGCGGGAAGAUAAAUGGCGUUUCCGUGCGCUGCUCUGGUUCGCCAGAAGCGGCUUAGUGAUGCUGGCCACAUGACCCAGAAAAACUGCGGACAAACAUCAGCUCCCUCAGCCAGUAAAGCGAGAUGAGCGCCGCAACCCCAGAGUUGUUUGCGACUGGACUUAACUGUCAGGCGUCCUUUACCUUUAUCUUUUACCCAAGAAGGUCAAGGGCACUGUGCCCUUGGUCUUGCAUGACUUGUCUCAUCCAGGUCAAGGAAGCCUACUAAGAAUGCAUUGGCUGAAGGAGGCCCAGAUCCUGGAGCUGGCACCACAAAUGCAUCCAGGCGUGUUGAAUCUGUUUGCUUCUAAACUGGACCCAGAAAGUGGAAGGCUUUGGGGAAACUAGUUUGACAGUCCCCAACAAAUGCUCUCUGCCCCAUAUCCCCAUUAUCUUCUCUCUCUCUCUCUCUCUCUCUCUCACACACACACACACACACAGAGAGAGAGAGAGAGAGAGAGAGAGAGUGUACAUAAGCUGCCUGAAUGCAUUGUUUUCCAUACAAUUGUAAAUGCGUGGAGAAAGAGAGCAGGUCUGCCUCUGCUGCUCCUGUCACAUUCGCAACAACCUCCCUCCCUGAAGUCCAUGGUCACAUAGAGUGCUAAAUCACAAAUGGAACAAAUGCUCUUCAGACAUUUCAUCCUCCAUGCAUGUAUGGCAGGCAGGGAUUUGGGAAUGGGACAAAAUUGCCUUGCUUCCUUCCUCUGUGUCAUUAUACCAAAAGGGGUCUGUGUUUAUAGAAUUCUACCCUAACAUUACUAAAGCAAAGACUAUUUAUAGAAAGUUGACAAGGAUUUCUUUCUUUUUUAUCUUUAGAAAGAACUGAAUUCUCAGAAUGGAGCCUGGGAUAGGAUAUGCGGCGAGACAGAUCCUUUUAUCCUCAGUAGUUUGAUGUGGUCCUGGAUAGAGCAACUUAAAGAACCCCUUCUAACCAAAAAUGAUGUAGAUGUGUUAGCAAAAAACAACGUAGACCCUCAAGAAGCACUUAAAUUGUUAGACAAGGUAAGCAUUUAAUGUAUUAAGGCAGUUAUAUACCACUUUUCAGGAAGACCUCGCAAAGCAUUUUGCAUAAGAUGACACAAAUGCGGCAUACACAUCUCCUUGCCUUUGGUUGCUUCCAACGUCAUGAUUUAUUUGCACAUAGUUUGCAGGGAGUUUGUGAUGUCAGCUAUUUAUUGAGCAUUCAUUCUAAUAUGUUUGUUCAGAGGUUAUACAAUGUGCAUAAAUAGUUAUCCUAUACUUCCCAGUGUAUUUUCCUGUCACUUUCCUUAUCACAAAAAGUACAGCUUAACAAAUGUACAUUCACUAAGGCCUCUUCUUCCAUGGUACUUGUAUCUGUCCCUACAUUUCUGCAUACCCUCUUUCAUAUUAUCCCAAUGUGGGUUCCUUGGUUAUUUAUCUUUUGCAUGACCCUUAAGAGUAAUGUUUGCAUUUCACCCCCUCCUGUGUAUGUCUACACCACUAUGAAAAUAUGUCCACCCUUCAUUUUGCCUCCUAUACCAUGUCACUCUCUGCCUUUAAACAUGUUCAUGUUCUCCUUUUACUAAUAGCUUUUACUUUCUUUUCUUGGUAACUUAUAAUGGCUAGGUGGGAGAGCCCUAUAAGUGCAUGCUGUAUUUCAUAUCACUUACCCUUUUUUUGCUACCGAUCUAGAGGUCUUAUAAGAACUAUUUUUUGUCCAGUCUACUGGGUGGCAAAUGUUAGUGGGGCAGUAUUUAAGAGAAAUGUUCUUUUCCAUGUAUGCUAGUCACCUGUGCUCAGAAUUUGUAAAUUUUUGAUGGGAAACCUUUUUGUUUGUUGCAUUUGAAUACAUAAUUCAAGUGGACAUAAUUUACUGCGUAGCCUAUAUUCAGGACUGGAUUAAGAUCCUUAGAGGCCCUAAGCACUUAAGAGAUUUUGGUACCCCCAUUUAUAUCUAAUUAAAAAUAUAAACCGCAGUAAACCAUAAAAUAAAGUGGAACCUACAGUAUGAUGGAAAACAAUGUUUAGUUUUCUAUAUUUGUAUAAACAAUGUUUAUUUUUGUUCAGAUGGUAAAUCUGGCAAUGGGAAUUUUCUGUGGUGCCCCCCUUCCCUUGAUAAGCAUAUGCUUAUUUUGCUUUGUGGUUAAUCCAGCCCUGCUUACAUUUGCUAUGAGUGAAUACAGUUGAUAAAUGCCACUGACUUUAACAGGCUUAAAGGAGAGGAGCACCUGUGGCUCUGCAGAUGUUCCUGGACUACAGUUUCCAUCAUCUCUGAUCAUUGGCCAUGCUGGUUAGGGCUGAUAGGAACUGGAAUCCAGCAUCCUCCAAAGGGCCAUAGAUUCUCCACCCUUUUAUAGAGGACAUUUUGUGCUUCUGCAGAAGAGGGCAUUUCAGCAGGUGUAGUUUGCUCUUUCACUAGUGGAAAUCACAAAGGUGAAGGAAAGAGUUCACUCUCUCUUUAUAGAAUCGUAUAGCUUCAAGCAUGCCAAAUGCUGUUGGAUUGUGGUCGGUACCUCCUCCACGUUGGUGUCUUUAAAAUAUUUCCUACCUAACAAUGUCUUUCCGCUCCCCAUCAGGGAAAAUAUCACACUAUACUGUGCAUUUUAAACUGCGUGGUGCAAUUGCAGACCAUACCAAUGUACGUGGAGGACCUUCUCCUUGAUCGUGCCAUUAAAGCAUUUACAAAGGCAAGUGGAAUGUGAAAUUGUGAUCUUUUGUAACUCACAGACUAGCCUAGAACGCUGACCAUAAUUAACCUGAUGGUAAACUAUUUCAAACAUUGCACUUCAUGCAAAGAAUCUGAACCAAAUGUACUGUACGCUGGAACCAAUUAAUGUGUGGGUGCACACCUACAGAGGGCUAUAGAAUUCUGGUGUCAAUCAGUGUCCACACGGAGCUUGUUUGCUUGCUAGAGGUGGGCACCACAAAACAAGAUUUGUUUUGGACCUUGAUCGGGUGAUUUGGAAAGCAAACUGAUUCAGCUCUGACUGCUUCAGAAGCCACCCACUUGGCCUCUGCUCCCAAUUACAACCUUGCUUUGGAAGGGGAAAUGAAGCUCUGUGUCUCCCUAUGCUUUGAGAGAUUGGUUCUUCAACACCUUAGGACAUGUUUUCCACCGGAUUUUGAUGAACACCAGUUCGCUUAUAGGAGAAAUAGGUCAACAGAUGAUUCCAUAGCCACAGCUUUUCACCUUGCAGCGAGUCAUCUGGAGAGACCGGGGAAUUAUGUCAGAAUGCUGUUUACAGUGGUACCUCGGGUUACAUAUGCUUCAGGUUACAUACACUUCAGGUUACAGACUCCGCUAACCCAGAAAUAGUGCUUCAGGUUAAGAACUUUGCUUCAGGAUGAGAACAGAAAUCGUGGUCUGGCGGCACAGCAGCAGUGGGAGGCCCCAUUAGCUAAAGUGGUGCUCCAGGUUAAGAACAGUUUCAGGUUAAGUACGGACCUCCAGAACGAAUUAAGUACUUAACCUGAGGUACCACUGUACUGAUUAUAGCUCGGCUUUUAAUACCAUCCUUCCGGACAUUCUUAUUAAAAAGCUGAUGGACCUGGACCUUUCCCCUACCAUCUGUGAUUGGAUUAAAGACUUUCUGAGGGAUCGCACACAAAUAGUGAGGACUGGACCUGUUACAUCUACCUCUCUGAAGCUCAGCACUGGCACCCCACAGGGAUGUGUGCUGAGUCCCUACCUGUACUCGUUGUAUACAUAUGACUGUAUUUCAUCUGAUCCAUCCACUGAAAUUAUUAAGUUUGCAGAUGAUACCACCAUAAUGGGUCUAAUUACAGGUGGAGAUGAAUUAGCGUAUAGGGAGGAGGUACAGAAAGUCUCCACAUGGUGCCUAGAGAACACCUUGCACCUAAUUUUUAAUCUUUGUUGGAAGCCGCCCAGAGUGGCUGGGGAAACCCAGCCAGAUAGGUGGGGUACAAAUAAUAAAUUAUUAUUAUUAUUAUUAUUAUUAUUAUUAUUAUAUAUCAGCAAGACAAAGGAGAUGGUGUUGGACUUUCGGAGGAAGAGAGGGGAACUAGCCCUGUUGUAUAUCGGGGGGGGGGGGCUGUGUGGAGAGAGUCUCUUCCUUUAAAUUCCUGGGAGUUUACCUUAGUGAAGACCUCACUUGGAAAAUCAAUAAACCUAGGCGGUUAGGAAGGCCCAAAAGAGACUCCAUUUCCUCAGGGUCUUGCGAAAGAACAAUGUCAAACAAAAAUUGAUGAUCUCCCAUUACCGGGCCACAGUAGAAGGUGUCCUUUCAUACGGUAUUACGGUGUGGUAUGCUGGUUUGACAGUCACGGACAGGAAGUCCCUACAGAGGGUGGUGAACACAGCCCAUGGGCUGUCCCCGGAGUUUGCUAAAUGACAUCGCGGGAGACCGCUGCCUCAGGAGAGUGAGGAAAAUUCUUAGGGACGACUCACACCCUGGCCAGCACCACUUUAAUCUCCUACCUUCAGGCAGGAGAUACAGAAGUAUAGUCAGCCACACCAACAGGUUAAAGAACAGUUUUUAUACGUGGGCUGUUGGGCUGCUGAAUGGAAAAAAAUAGUGGUGUGAUUGACUUCCAACAAGCACACAGCGCGCGGACAAGACUGAGUGUAUGUGGGGGGGCUCGUUUAAUUUCACUGUACACAGGUGGUAUAGUGAAAAUAAAGGUUAUUUAUUUAUUUAUUCAUUCACUCACUCACUCACUCACUCACUAUUAUGGGAGCAGUCAGGGCGGGGGGGACAAUCGCAGAUGUAAUUACUUUUUGACAAAACUGCAUCCAUAGCGGUUCACAAUAGAUUUGAACAGCUAAUUUUGCAAGCGCUGUUCUCUAUUUAGCUCCUGCUACUCCAUUUUAUAAACUACAUCUAAUAGCCAUUGUAGUUCAAGUGGUAAACUUCAGAUAUUAUUCUAGUACUAGGUAAAAUGAGACACUCUAAAUUUGUAUAUGCAGGAUUCUAUAUGUAGGAUUUAUAUUUCAUUUUCUGUAGACACCAUUGUGUUUUGAAUUAGACAGUACUAUAUUUCGAUAAAGCCUCAUAUGUAUGUGUUAUAAUUUUAUUAACUUUAAGUUUGCUUCCGGCAGGUGAGUUCUGAUUCGGAAGGUGGCUUGGACAUUUACAGCAUUCUGAAGAAUAUUUUUAAACAGAUAUUGGAACACCAAAGACAAUACUCCAGAGACCAAACAGAAACCCUCUUUUGA